AUGGAGGAUCGGGAGGAGUGGGAGGUGGUUGAGCCAGAUCCGGAAGCUACGGCGCCAACUACGGCGGAGAAGGUGAAGCUAGACGCGAAGAACAAGAAGGUGAAGGCACAUCUCCUUCAGUGCAUCCCGGACGACAUCCUGAUGCAAGUAGCCAAGAAGAAGACAGGGAAGGGGGUGUGGGACUCGUUGAAGGCUAGAUUUGUCGGUGCGGAGCGGCUUGGGGGGAGUUUGGAUGAUGCGGCGCUGGUGAAGAAAUUGUUCGAUAUCGUGCUCGAUCACUACCUCACGGUCGUGGCAGGAAUCGAGCAAUUCUAUGACUUGAAGACCAUUGCAUUCGAUGAGGCUGUGGGACGUCUGAAGGCGUUCGAGGAGCGCAUGGCGCGGAGAGGCGGCGGCGCCAGAACCCCAACUGGGCAGGUGAUGCUCACCCAGGCUGAGUGGGAGGCCAGGCAGAGAUCUGCUGGUGGUGACUCGUCUAGGAAAGGGAAGAGAGGAGAUGGAGGCAGCCGAGGUCGGGGGCGUGGCCAUGGCGGCGCGGGAAGCGGCCGUGGCGGUGAUCCAACUGGUGAUGUUUGGUACUUAGACAAUGGUGCAAGCAACCAUAUGUCUGGUGAUCGUCAGAAGUUCAGAGAUCUGAAUUUGGCCAUCAAUGGUAAGGUUCGUUUUAGUGAUGAUUCAACUGUUGAUAUCUUUGGUAGAGGUACAAUUGUAUUCCAAGGAAAAGGAGGUGAUCAUGGGGUAUUGUCAGAUGUUUAUUAUAUUCCUAAGCUUAGGAGUAACCUUGUUAGUUUGGGUCAACUGACAGAGUCUGGGCAUAGGAUUCUACUUGAUGAUGAUUUGCUUGAAGUAGUUGAUAAACAUUCUGACAGACUCAAUAUGAAAGUACCUAGAGCUGGCAAUAGAUUGUAUAAGAUUGAGUUGAGCAUUACAGUUCCAAAGUGUUUGAUGGCUAGUAUUGAUAGUCAAGCUUGGCUUUGGCAUGGAAGACUGGGUCAUGUGAAUUUUAGGUCUCUGAAACAAUUGGUGGGGAAAGGUAUGGCUACUGGGAUCCCUGACAUCAGUCACCCAGAGCAGGUGUGCAGUGACUGCUUAGCAGCUAAGAAGACUAGAGCAACCUUUCCUAGAGCUACUCAUUGGCAUGCUGAUGAGAAACUUAAAUUGGUCCAUGUUGAUCUUUGUGGCCCAAUUACACCAGAGACAGCUGGAGGAAAUAAAUAUUUCAUAUUGUUGGUAGAUGAUCACUCUAGAUGGAUGGAGGUGCACAUGCUGAAGAGUAAGGAUCAGGCCCUUAUUGCAUUUGUCAAGUACAAAGCACAAGUUGAGAAUGAAUCUGGUUGUAAGAUUAAGACACUGAGGUCUGAUAGAGGAGGGGAGUUUUUGAAUGCAGAAAAUUAUGGUGGAGGGGAAACUGUGGAUGAGCAGAGAUGGCAGGAACAGACAGCACAAGUUAAUGUACAAAAUGCUGGUCUGAAUGAACCAAAUCUGUUUCAGUGGUCAGGAGAUGCAGAAGUGCAGGCAGAUAUUGCUGAACCUUCACAAGCUGGUUUCUCAACACCUCAACAUGAGCAGACUGAUAAUGAAUUGCUAACACCAACAUCAGCAGAUGAGAGUGGUGCAAUGAGAUUCAGAAACCUGAAUGAGGUCUAUGAUGAGACAUCUGAGGUUGAGUUGAUGGAUUCAGAUGUGGAAGCACUACUAGUUGAAACUGAUUCUACCCUAACAAAGACCUCCGCGCUCACCAUGUACGUCGCCGGCGUCGUCAAGGACUGGCUGCUCAUCGCCUUCUCGUGGACGGUCAUCAAGGACACCGUAACUCCUGUCAACCUCGUCGGCUACGGCAUCGCCUUCCUUAGCGUCGCAUACUACAACCACGCCAAGCUGGAGGCGCUCAAGGCCAAGGAGGCCGAGAGGAAGGCGGCGGCCACAGCGGUGGCCAAGUCGGACGAUGACGCGGAGGCAGGCGCGCGGCUGCUGCCACCGGGCAACAAGGACGGCGCCGGCGACAGUGGUGACCACAAAAACUGA